GCGCUAUAUAAGAUUGAAUUGAUUGAUUGAUUGACUGACCACAAUGCCAAAGUCUCUCACUGGUACUUGGCACUUCAGCCCUACCGCUUCUCUGUGAGAACUCUUUACAAACUGGCGUAUGACUGUUUCAACCAGGUAACAACCUGAACACCAUGUCUGCUUGACCUGUUUUAACCAGGUAACAACCUGAACACCAUGUCUGCUUGACCUGUUUUAACCAGGUAACAACCUGAACACCAUGUCUGCUUGACCUGUUUUAACCAGGUAACAACCUGAACACCAUGUCUGCUUGACCUGUUUUAACCAGGUAACAACCUGAACACCAUGUCUGCUUGACCUGUUUUAACCAGGUAACAACCUGAACACCAUGUCUGCUUGACCUGUUUUAACCAGGUAACAACCUGAACACCAUGUCUGCUUGACCUGUUUCAACCAGGUAACAACCUGAACACCAUGUCUGCUUGACCUCCCUUUCUGCUCCUCUAAAUGUCAUCUCCCCAUCAGUAUUUUAAAAGCCAUUGUCAGAAUGUUUAGCGAGUGCAGGCGCCAAUCGUGUGUCAGUGUCAGUAUAAAUGUGUUAUUACAUCGGUAGUGCAGGUUGCACUCAAGGCAAGGAAUCAAUCAGGAAAAUGGGGGAGGUGCUAUUGAACAGUGCUUUUUUAUUAUUGAAAUCAUUAAUUUCUAAGAUCAAAAAGAAGAAAAUAAAGGUACGUUCUUAUCAGCCGUAGUUUCUGCUGGGAGUUAGGGAAGCGUACCCCUAUAGCAUGGGACUUUUAUGCAGGUAUGGUCACAGAUACCUUUUAACAAAUAGCUACUGUUUUUGUUUGUGUUUUCAAAUACAUUAAUGUGUUGAUUCCUCAUUUCUACUGAAGGCGGUUGUGUGUCCCUGAAGAGAAGCUGAGCAAUGGAAACACCAGGAGACGCUCCAGAGGGACAGAGACACGUCCGUCGGAAGAGACCUCCAUCACCUGUGCCCACUUGUGUGUCCAUGAAGAGUGACCGGUCAAAAGAGCACGGCAUCAACUUCCAAAAUGAAGAUGUUCCAGAUGCAUCAAGGCAAGUCCAUGAAACAGACUCAAGUCAAGGACACGUCCGUCGGAAGAGACCUCCAUCACCUGUGCCUACUUGUGUGUCCAUGAAGAGUGACCGGUCAAAAGAGCACGGCAUCAACUUCCAAAAUGAAGAUGUUCCAGAUGCAUCAAGAGGCCAAAUGGAGGAAUGUAACCCAGAUGCUGUCAGUGACCAGUUCACCCAGAGUCAACAUGGGGAUCUGAAGCACAUAUUCCAGGUGUUAGAGGAGAAGAUCAUCACCUUGGUGAAGAAUGAGCUUAAGAGAUUCAAGAGGAUGCUGAGUCCAGAUUACCAAGAGAACUUUGAGAGUAAAGAGGAGGAUGAGAGUGAAGCCAGAGAAGGGGCUCUGAAGAUGGCACUGCACUUCCUUAAGAAUAUGAAGCUGAAAGAUCUCGCUGACAAACUGCAAGAAAAUGAGCUGGACAUAGUUUGUCAAACUGAGCUGAAAAGAAAUCUCAAGAACAAGUACAAGAGUCUUUGUGAAGGAAUACGUAAGCAAGGAAGCUCUGCUCUUCUAGAAAAGAUCUACACAGAGGUCUACAUCACAGAGGGAGGAAGUGGAAAAGUAAAUGAAGAGCAUGAAGUCAGACAGAUUGAGUCAAGAUCCAAGAGACCAGCUGGACAGGAGACAUCAAUCAGAUGCAGUGACAUCUUUAAACCCUUACCUGGCCAAGACAAACCAAUCAGAAGUGUUGUCACAAAAGGAGUUGCUGGCAUUGGUAAAACUGUCUCAGUUCAGAAGUUCAUCCUUGACUGGGCAGAGGGAAAAGAAAACCAGGAUAUCCACUUCAUAUUUCCACUGCUUUUUCGAGAGCUGAACCUCAUGAGAGAAAAACAGCUCUCUUUGAUGGAUCUCCUCCACCACUUCUUCACAGAAAUAAAGCAGUUAACCUCUCUCAGCCAAGGGAAGUACAAAGCGUUGUUCAUCUGCGAUGGUCUGGAUGAAUGUCGACUCCAACUAGACUUUCAGAAAAAUCAAAGUUUGACUGAUGUGACAGAGGUCACCUCAUUGGAUGUACUCCUGACAAAUGUCAUCAAGGGUAAUCUGCUCCAUUCUGCUUUACUUUGGAUUACCUCUCGACCAGCCGCAGCCAAUCAAAUCCCGCCUGAUUGUGUUGACCGGGUCACAGAGGUACAAGGGUUCAAUGACCCACAGAAGGAGGAGUACUUCAGGAAGAGGAUCAGUGAUCAGAAUCUUGCCAGCGAAGUCAUCUCGCACAUCAAAUUAUCAAGGAGCCUCCACAUUAUGUGCCACAUACCAGUGUUCUGCUGGAUUGCUGCUACUGUUCUUGGGGUAAUUCUUGGCUCUUCAGGAGGUGGACAGAUUCCAAAGACUUUGACAGAGAUGUAUACCUAUUUCCUUAUUUUUCAAACCAAACAGAGCAACCUAAAGUUUGAAAAUGUGCAGAACCUUGAUCCACAGUGGAACCAAGAAGUUAUCCUUGGUCUUGGACAGUUGGCAUAUGAACAGUUAGAGAAGGGUAAUCUGAUUUUCUAUGAAGAAGACCUAAAAGAGUCUGGAAUUGAUGUCAGAGAGGCAGCAGUGUGCUCUGGCAUCUGCUCCCAGAUCUUUCGAGAAGAAUCAGGGCUUUAUAAAGAUAAGGUGUUCUGCUUUGUGCAUUUAAGUGUCCAGGAGUAUCUUGCAGCCUUGUAUGUGUUUUUGGUGAUGGCAGUUAAAGGGAAAGACACCAACGUCAUGAAGUGGCAGGGGAGUUUGUCUCCUUCAAUGAAGAAAUCCAUGAUCAUCUUACAGAAGAGUGCUGUGGACAAAGCUUUGAAGCAUGAAGAUGGACGCUUUGACCUAUUCCUCCGUUUCCUUCUUGGCCUCUCUCUGGAGUCUAACCAGACUCUCCUGCAUGGCCUACUACAGAGAGGACGAAAUCAGAUGGGCAAUGAAGAAACAAUCAGUUACAUUAAGGAAAAGAUCAGGGAGGUUCCUUCAUCAGAAAGGGUGAUCAACCUCUUCCACUGUCUGAAUGAACUCAAUGAUCACUCCUUAGUGGAAGAGGUUCAAAGGCUGCUGAUUGCUGGGACACUUUCUGGAGCUGAACUUUCACCUGCCCAGUGGUCAGCUCUAGUGUUUGUGCUGCUGACAUCAGAACAGAAGCUGGAUGUGUUUGACUUGAAGAAGUACAUCAGGUCUGAUGAAGGUCUCCUAAGGCUGCAGCCAGUACUGGAUAAAUCUCAAAAGGCUCAGCUCAAUAGCUGUGGGCUCACUGAAAGGAGCUGUACAGCACUGGCAUGUAUCCUCAGCAAACCAUCUUCAAAACUGAAAAAUGUGGAUCUCAGUGACAACAGUAUUGGAGAUAUUGGGGUCCAAAAACUCUGUAGUGGACUGGAGAACCCAAACUGUGAACUGGAGACACUCAACGUGUCAAACUGCAGUAUUACAGAGGGAGGCUUC